AUGCUUGAAAUAUACUUCAGUGACCGCAAAUCGUCUACCGCACCGUCCGCUUAUGCGCCCGCCCACGUCCUUCAUUCCGGAGCAGUCCUCCAUCCCGUAUACCCACGACCAACCUCACCGAUUCUCCUUCUCGUGAUACUCCUCGGCGUUGCACAGACGGCUGAUCUAAAAGUCUUUGACCCACCUGGUGCGAGGCAGCGAAUCACGCUUGACCUCUAUUACCUUGUUUUGGACCUGAUGGAACCUCUGGAUCUGGACGAUUACAUGGGAGGAAGUCCCACGCCUCAUGGCGUUGCGCAGGAAAACCUCGAAUCGACCGAUCUCAUCUUGGCGCUUGUGAUCAUGACGUUGGUAGUCUCUAGAGGUCAUUUCAAGCCCGACGGCAUGCAUUGGUGGACCAAAGCAACUCGCCUUGUCCGAGCGAGUGGGCUCAACAUGGAGGACAAACACUUGGCUGCGGACUCGCCCUCGUCGCCACACGGCCAGGGAGACAUGAUCAACCGCGCCCGGAUUGUCGCAAAGGAAGAGCGUCGCAGGCUGUUCUGGCUGGUUUACUACCUGGACCGCCACCUUGCCCUCUCCUUCAAUUCCAGCCUGCAUUUCCCCGAUGGCACGUUUCAUGUUGCGGCGCCACUCCCCGAGACCCUCUGGCAGACACUCGAACACGUGGAUCUGGGCUCCAUCUCGUUCCCAGCGCCCUGUCUAGGGCCCCCGCAAAGUAUUACUGGACUCGGCUUCUUUGAAUGUUUCCUCGCGCCGGCCAGUCUCUUGGGCCACAUCAUAGAGCUCCACCACUUUCGGAAUAACCCGCUACUAGGCGAGUAUCUCGCCCCAAGCGCCGUGGACAGGAUCGAGACCCUGAUCUCCCAACGGCAGCAGGAAGUAGCCGCGUUAGAACAAGCUCUGGACGCGACCGGGCGAGAGCCGUUGGCAGCAAUCUGGCCUGGAGCAACAGCACCAGCAACGGCAACCAAGGACGCCCUCGCGUACAGUUCCUGCCUCCUCGAGGUCCUCUACAUCCUCCUCCACGGGAAUUGGGACCCGAAAUCCAUGAUGGUGGACGACGAUGAUGGCGGAGCCCGGUGGUGGGCUGCCGGCUUUGCACCCAGAAGCUUCAAGUUGCAGACGUGCGUCUCCCACGCCAUCUCCACUGCGACCUGUAUCCAGCGAAUCCUGGACCUCGACCCGGACCUCACGUACAUGCCGUAUAUCUUCAGCAUCUACCUCGUGCACACCAGCUUCAUGGUCCUCGGACUGAUGAGCCGAAUGCUGGAGACGGGAUCUGGACCUGCCGUCGAAGACAGCUGUGAAGUCCUUAUUCGCGCCCACGAAGUCAGCAUUAUGACCCUUGACUGCACUCUACAGAAGAACGUGCGCAAGGUUCUCCGCUCCAUGCUCCAUCGAAGCCGACACCCAGAUGAAGAUACAUUUUCUCACGGAGAGCAUAGGGCGCGAUGGAGGGAGAUGCUGUCUGCUUAUCGCUGGACGCCUGUGGCGAGUGGGAUGGCAGGCGAGGCGAUGUAG